CGGACCCCAACCCAACACCCCAUCAUGGAGAUAUACAAAGUAAACCCUCUGUUGUGAAAAGUGCGCCCUCUGUAAUGUUGUCACCUGAGCCUUUGAUCGGCUUCAGAGAUAAUGUCCCUUGUUGGAUCGAUUGCCGAAGUGUCCUCGAACUGUCAGACAAGUUUCAUACAAAGACAAUAUGCAAAUCAAACACACGGUUGCCUUGGAUCUGAAGCACCCCAAGGGGUAGAAUUACAAGGAUAUAGACGGCUCAUCACUUAGCGAUCGGCAUACGGCACAGAUGGAGGGUUCCGGAAAGACGUUGGACGGCAGGGCUGGAACGGCUCUGUUCAGAUAGGCCCACCACUUAGACCAGGGAUAUUUUGAUUAAUCAUCCAACGUCAUCAUUACGUCACAUGCUUUUAAACUGAUGCUGCAAAGUUUUGUGACUUGACAACAGCCUUUAACCGUCGUUGAGAAACGGUGUUCAAGAACCACGUAAUCGCGUUAUACAUCUAAGUAUAAGCACAGGGAGAUUAUACGUGCUUCGGAAUUAGGAUUUUUUUAUUUGUUACAAAUCUUCACUUAUACAAGUGGUUCUUUUUAAACCGGCACCUUUUAUCCGAAUCUUCAUUUCGCACACACUCAACGAGCUUAACAACUGAAACUGCAAAAAUACCUAUUGCAAAAACAUCUUCUGUCAUAUCAUACGGUCGUCUUGAAGUGGUUGAAAUCACCAUGAGCGAAACGCCAAUGGAAGUCGAUCCCUCUGAAGAUUUCGAAAAGAAGAAGAGGGAAAAAGAGGUUGAAGAAUGCCGGCAACUCUUACAAUCCCACCGGGUGUCACUGGUCAGCCAGGUCAUGUCCUUGGACAUGCUGCUACAUCUCAAGGAACACGUGGUCGUGGACGUCGAUAAAGCUAAAGACAUCCGGCGUAAAGGUCGUGGGGUCAACAAGGACAUCAACGAAGCUAUUCUUGCCGAGUUGCUGACGAGAGGUGUCCGGGAGUUUGAGGUCUACAAGAACGGUUUGAGGAAGUUCGAUCUGAACUUGCUGGCUGACUUGUUGGAGCAAAAACAUUUUACAAAGAUGAUGCAUGUCUUGGAACCCGUCUCCAAGAAGUUAGGCCACCACUGGAAGCAUCUAUCAGAUGAGUUAGGUAUGCCUGGUGUCAUCCCUAAGAUAGAAUCCAAGUAUGCCAGGGUCCGAGAACAAGCUCUCUACUUCCUCCUUAUGUGGGAGGAGACUUCGGGCAUUGGUGCGACGAUCAACCGUCUUGUCGAAGGCCUGGAUAGGUGUGGCAUGAAGCAAAUUGUCCUUUACGUGAGGAAAGUAAUUCAAGGAAAGAGUGUAAAGAAGAAAGGAAAGAAGAAGAAGAAAGGUUCAGGGAAAAGUCGCACAUCAACAGGCACCAGGAGGUAACAUCAACCCCGCUUCAGUGGAAUGAAGCUAAACAUUAGAUUUGUUUUAUAAACAAUGGAGGAACGCACACUUUGUCAAAAUGUUGUCAGGCAAACGGUCUGUGCAUGGAGGUAGAACCUCCAUCGUCUGUGCGGACUUAGAAUGCCGUGUGCCGUUGUGGCAGAAGAUUCUGUGGUUAUUGACAAAUACAUGUUUUAUCCCCCAAAUUUGAAUCUGAGAAGACUCGAUUUCAGCAGACGAUCUCAAAAAUGUGAACACCUUUUGAAAUGUCACAAGUUAGUUUUAUUGUAUAUAUCUAUAUUUAUGAAUUAAACCAUUCGAACGGUUCCAAAAUCCAAAGGAUACUUCCCCUUUAAACAUAAACUUAAAAGUAACCUGAAAAUUAAAGGCAGUGGACACUAUUGGUAUUUACUCAAAAUAAUUAUUAACGUAAAACCUAGCUUGGUGACG